AUGUUUGGUCUCCUUACAUUAGAACAGUCCUUUCACCGAGAACAGUCCCUUCACAGAGAACAGUCCUUUCACCGAGAACAGUCCCUUCACAGAGAACAGUCGCUUUACAGAGAACAGUCCUUUCACCGUGAACAGUCCCUUCACAGAGAACAGUCCUUUCACAGAGAACAGUCCCUUCACAGAGAACAGUCCCUUCACAGAGAACAGUCCCUUCACCGAGAACAGUCCCUUCACAGAGAACAGUCCCUUCACAGAGAACAGUCCUUUCACCGAGAACAGUCACAGAGAACUUUCACCGAGAACAGUCCCUUCACAGAGAACAGUCCCUUCACAGAGAACAGUCCCUUCACAGAGAACAGUCCCUUCACAGAGAACAGUCCCUUCACAGAGAACAAUCCCUUCACAGAGAUCAGUCCCUUCACCGAGAACGGUCCCUUCACAGAGAACAGUCCCUUCACCGAGAACGGUCCCUUUACCGAGAACAGUCCCUUUACAGAGAACAGUCCCUUCACAGAGAACAGUCCCUUCACAGAGAACAGUCCCUUCACCGAGAACAGUCCCUUUACAGAGAACAGUCCCUUCACCGAGAACAAGAACAGUCCCUUCACGGAGAACAGUCGCUUUACAGAGAACAGUCCUUUCACCGAGAACAGUCCCUUCUUUACCGAGAACAGUCCCUUCACAGAGAACAGUCCCUUCACAGAGAACAGUCCCUUUACAGAGAACAGUCCUUUUACCGAGAACAGUCUCUUUGCUGUGCAGUCCCUGCGGUCAUGCGGAGCACAAGUGCCUGGUGGAAGCAGCAUCAUCUUGGUCGAUGAGUCAGGGACUGGAAACCUGCGCGGCGCACGCGGAGUCGCAGUUUCCCCCGACAACAAGAUCUGGGUGGCUGACCAGACCAAAGCCAGUCUCCAGGUGUACAGUAUGGCAGGUGACUACCUGGGCCAGUUUCCACAAGGUGCAGCAGGGAUGGGGUAUCCCUCGUCAAAGACGACAUAUGAUGUGUCCAUCGACAGAGAUGGUCACCUGUGGGUCUUGAUGAGUGGGUACCCAGCCAGCCCUGAUACCGUGGUGCAGGUGGACAGGGAAGGUCGUCUCAAAGCCAAGUUUGACCUUCCUGACUCUGUACCACGGGAGGCGCCCCGCGGAAUGGCUGUGGGCUUGCGCACUAACCACGUUUACGUCACCUGGUCUGGCGGUUACAGUGGUGGUGUGCAAGCCUUCCAGCCGGACGGGUCGCUGCUGUGGGAAGUCGGUCCUCAGCAGCGGAUGAUGACACCGAUGUACGUCGCCGUGAACGGGGAAGGCAACAUCUUCAUCUCGGACUUUAGGCGCCAUUUCAUCUACAUGUAUGAUGAUAACGGACAGUUCAAGUUGAAGUUCAGAGGACUGGGUCGCAGUGGGAGCAACCUGCUUUAUCCUGAAGGCAUUUGUGCGGACAGUUCCGGUCACAUCAUGGUGGUGGACCCAGACAACCAGCGCGUGGUGGUGUACACAGACCAGGGUGAGUAUGUCCGCCACAUCGCCGUCCCCCGCCGGGCUGAAGCCCCAGGAGAUGUUACAGUGGGGCCGGGAGGACAGCUGGUUGUGAUCAACAAAAACACAAUCACUGUCUUCCCCCACUACUGA